AUGAAGUUUGCUGCUGCCAUCCUUCCACUCAUUACUGUGGCCUCUGCCGCGUCGUGCAUUCAUGGCACCUCGCUCAUGCCUCGCGCGCCCGAUGGCACUGUCGAGGUCAAUGAUUUCAACUACACCAAUACCGGUGGCCCUCUGAACUGGUAUGGCCUGGACAAGGAGAACAGUGCUUGUGCCAAGGGUUCCCGCCAGUCGCCCAUCGACAUUGUCACCGAGUCCUCCGGCUACGUCAAGUCUGGUUCUGUGAAGUUUAGCGUUCCCAACGCGGACAAUGUCAAGUUCGAAAAUCUGGGCUCCGGCCUCGAGCUUGUCUUGACCAAUGGCACCCUGAUCACUCCGCAAGACUCUUACAAGCUGGCCCAAUUCCACUUCCACACCCCCUAG